GCCCUAAUGUUUCCCCUUCUUUUCAAACACCAAGUCUACCUGAGAUUGGCCAAUGCACAGACAGUAGCUGUAAAGUCCCAAUAGGAGAAUGAGUGAAAGGAACGUCCAAAGUUUGAGCAAAGGAGUAUUGGUGCUCUCUCUCUGCCUUAUAAUGCUUUGGGGAAGGCUGACACAGGCAUCAUCAUAUCACAGAAGCCAUUCGGUGCACAUAGAACCUGGUACGUGUGAAGUCAUUGCUGCCCACAGAUGCUGUAAUAAGAAUAAGAUUGAAGAGCGCUCCCAAACAGUGAAAUGUUCCUGCUUUCCAGGUCAGGUGGCUGGGACAACACAUGCUGCUCCUUCAUGUGUAGAUGAAAUGUGUGGCCACCAACACCUUGCCACUACUGGAAACGAAAUCUGAUGUGGAAUAAAAAUAUACAAAACAGGACAGGAAGCCUAGGCCAGUCACAUCGCCUUCCUCUGUAGUAUAGAUACAAUGGUAUGUUAUCAACUGCUUAGUAUUUUUUAAAGGAAAUUGGUACAGUAAAUACUGUAAUCAAUUUGCUAUUUUAAGUGAUGUUCUUCCUCUCUCCUGGGAAAAGAAGGAUCUGCCUUGCUAAGAGAUUUAGGACAUAGGAUACACAGAUAUAUUUAAUGGAAGAGAUGGGCUACAGAAAAAAAACAAUUGGUAGCUUUUUGAUAUGCAUGUGAUAUUUCAUAAUUGUGUAGUAUUGUAGAUAUUAAGCCAUAC